AUGUUUGAUAACUCACAGUAUCCAUAUAACUGCUUCAACUAUGAUGGAGAUGGAUACCCUUCCUGCAGCACUGAUGAAGACAAGGAGAUGUGUCGACCUGCUUACAGUUACAUAGCGUUGAUAGCCAUGGCCAUCCAGCAGAGUCCAGAGCACCGGGUCACCCUGUCAGGGAUCUAUGAGUUCAUCAUGAAGCGCUUUCCCUACUACCGGUCCAACCAGAGGGCAUGGCAAAACUCCAUACGACACAACCUUUCGCUCAACAGCUGCUUUGUUAAGGUUCCCCGCACAGAGGGAAAUGAGAAGGGGAAAGGCAACUACUGGACCUUCGCCACCGGUUGUGAGUCCAUGCUCGACCUCUUUGAGAACGGCAACUUUCGUCGUCGCCGGCGCCGACGCAACAUGAAGAUUGGUUUCAGAGAGCCUGGGGAGCCUUUCCUUCCAGUAAACAACAACAACAACAACAUCAACAACCAACAAAGUGGCUCCACCAGGCGGUCCGAUCCUAACCCCAACCCGGACUCCUUCUGCUCCAUCAGCCCUGCCCACAGACCAGGUCACCACAACCCCCUCAACCCAAACUGCCAGGGGAAACCAGAACCGGAGAUUAAAUUCAGUAUUGACUACAUCCUCUCCACCCCAGACCCCGCUCUGCCGGGCUUCAGACCCCCACAUAGUGGUACAACAGAGCCCCACAUACACAUUCUGGAGCCCCAACACCUCAACUUGCACUUCUGGACCCUGUGA